AUGGAUAUCGUCCCAUCUUCCAAAACAAGCGACACCACUCCACCAUCCUCCCAAAUUGUUACUAUUCAUAGUGACAACACUCCCUUUCCUACCGGCAUCAUCUUGACAAAGGCCAAUUAUGCCUUAUGGUCUCAAGUCAUGGAGAUGCGUAUUGUUGCUCGUGAAAAAUUGGGGUACCUAACCGGCGACGCUCCACAACCUUCUAAGCUCUCCUCCACCUACAACAAAUGGUGUAUAGAGAACUUUCGGGUCAAGGGGUGGUUCAUCGACUCCAUGUCUCCUGACUUGAUGGGUCGUUUCAUCCGUUUAAGUACUGCCAAAGAACUCCGGGAUGCUGUCAAGAAAACCUACUUUGAUGGUGGGGAUGAAACUUCUCUUUUUGAUCUCAAAAAACGGGCGUUCACUAUUAAACAAAAUGGUCCCUUCUCCACAAAUACUACAGCCAGCUGCAGACCAUCUUUUAGGAGAUUGAUCACCGCACUACAAAUCGCAUGCACUGUGACGCCGAUGUGA